AUGAGUAUGACCCACGCGACAGCGAGAUUUGCAAUUUUACGGCUGAUAUCGAUCCAACUCGACGCCGCUGGCUUUACGCACGUUCAAGACAAGUCAUUGUUAGAGGAUAUCGAAGGCCUUCUCGAUGGAUUGAUUGAGGGUCUGGUACAUUUAACAUACGAGUUUGCUCAACAUACGAGAAGGUCGAGGCCGAACAUACGGGAUAUGGUCACAGCAUGUGCAGAUCAAGGCAUCGAACUUUGUCAUCUUCAGGCUGUGCUCUCUCAGACGCUUCCUCAUAUGUCUGUUCGCGAAACAUAUGAAGAUUUGAAAUUUGAGCUUCCUAUAGCUUCCUCUACUAUUCCUCACGAUCCUACCGUUGGUUUUCUAUCAUCAGAAUCUGAAAGCGAAGAUGAACAAGCCUCAAACCAGUCAGCAUCCCGCGCGAAUCGUCCCAGCCACUCGCGAGCAAAACUCAAUAUGGAAUUGGUUGGGGGUUUACCACAUCUACCAGCUUUGCCAGCUAAACAUACAUGGAGACAGACCUAUGUCGAACCUGCGCCUAUCACGGUCAUUCCUCCUCCACACGUUUCAUUGCCUAAGCCAACGGUGCCGACAUCCGAAGCACGUCCAGAUUCUUCAAAUCUAACUGGUGUUUAUCCUUUCGAAGCUUCGCUGAAUGAUCCCAAUAUACCUACUUGUUUGCAUUCCCUCAAUCGACGGAUUCUCGAUACCCGUUUGGUGGAACGCUCGCUUCGUAAUCUCGUCGAACGGACUUCCGAAGAUAGCGAGAAUUCUCUGAAGCAUUCUUCUUCACAGUUGAACUUAUCUUCUAUACCCUCUGAUGAUUUUCGAAUGCAUUGUACAUCAUACAAAGAUCGUUCCAAUGGAAUCAGAUCAUCGGAUCCCAAGCUGACCUUCAUUACCAAAUCUUUGAUUUCAACUGCGCCUUGUGCUUUGAUUGGAGUUGAAGAAAAGCUCGAGUUUCGCGAGUUCAAUUUGCCAAAUAACUCGCCAGAAAGAGACUUGUCAGAUGAACUGCGAUUAUAG